AUGGAACGAGGAGAACAAGAUCUGGACCUGCUUCUUAUUGGCAAAACCGGAAAUGGCAAAAGUGCCACUGGAAACACAAUUCUGGGUAAAAAGAGUUUUCAGACCUCCCCAAAUUCCACAUCAAUGACAAAAGAUGUCGAUUUCGAUUAUACUGAUCACGACGGUCGAAUUAUCAAGGUCGUGGAUAGCCCUGGUAUUGGAGACACUGACCUCAGCAAGGAGGAAGCUAUCCUUACUUUCAUCGAUGCCAUUGACUAUGCAGUGGCUGCUAAUCCUGAUGGUUACCAUGCGUUCCUUCUGGUGGUCCGCUACGGCGGACGCUUCACUGAGGAAGACGUGCAGACCAUCAAAGUCUUGAAACACAUUUUCGGAGAGGACUUCGUGAAGAACUUUUGUAUUUUGGUUGUAACCUACGGAGACAUUUAUGACCCGGAAGAAACUGGAAUCGAACUGUUCUCUGAGUGGAUCAAUACACAAGAAGGUCCGCUGAAAAAUUUGACAGACGAAUGCCAGGGAAGAGUACUACUUUUUAACAACAAAUGCAAAGACGAGGUCAACAGAACUGAACAGGUCGACCAGCUGAUUGAAAUGAUUGAUCAACUUAAAUUUCACGGACAGAGGUACACCGGUGAGAAAUUCUUAAAGGCCAAACAUCAACGCGACACCAUCUUGGUGGAAACCAAACUUCCCCUCAUACAGGAAGAGAGCACCAGGGAAGCCAGUUUGAUCAUACAACAGCUUCAAAAAAUUCUGCUAAUGAGCCUAGAGAAGCAGUUGGAAAGUUUAGAAUCCCUCAAAACCAGGGCGUACACGCUGCUGAAAAGCGUCGAGGCACAAGAUAAGUGCACUGGAGCCCUGACACAAGUGAUUGGAAAUUGUAAGAACAUCGUUAAAACAGUUGAAGAUCAAAUGCGUGACGUCAAAAAAGCCAUCAAGAUAAAAGCUGCAAGCGAUGAACACAGAAAGACGAUGGAGGAAUUGAAGGCUGUAAGAGAACGUGAACUUAAGAACAAAAAUGACAAGCUCGUUGCUAAAAUGGAUCAGCAG